GCAUCGCGCCAUGCUUUGGAUGCGGGCUGACUGUGCAACGAAUAUGCUUGCCUUGAGACUUGAGUAGCUAAGAAUAUAUAAGAACUAACAAAAACCCCCCAAUUGGAUCAGAUUCUAGGGUUAGGGUUCUUCAAACUAUAAUUUUACUUCAAUUCAACCAAAAUUUCCCGAAAUUCUCGCAGCAAUGGAUCUAACAAAGAAGCGGAAGCUCGAGGACAACGGUCUCCUCCAGCCAAUCUUCGAUCUCCCUACCGCCGAUGUUCGCAAAAUCAUCUCCUCCUUCACUACCGACCAGCUCCUCGACAUCGUUCAAAACGCCGCCGUUCGGCACCUCGACGUGCUGGACGCCGUGCGAUCGAUCGCCGAUCAAGACUUGUCGCAGCGGAAGCUCUUCAUUCGAGGCCUCGGUUGGGACACAACCAACGAGAAUCUCGCCGCAAUUUUUUCGGCGUAUGGAGAGCUCGAUGAAGCGGUUGUUAUACUCGAUAAAGCUACUGGUAAGAGUAAAGGUUUCGGCUUUUUGACUUAUAAGCAUAUUGAUGGUGCGAUUAGGGCUUUGAAGGAGCCUAGUAAGAAGAUUGAUGGUAGAAUGACGGUUACGAAUUUGGCGAGUGCGGGACCGGGUGGCGGUCCGGUUAUGCAACAGCCGGUCGAUGUGUCAAAUAGGAAGAUUUAUGUUGCCAAUGUUCCGUUUGAGAUGCCGGCGGAUAGGUUGUUGGGUUUUUUUUUGUCUUACGGGGAGAUUGAGGAAGGGCCGUUAGGGUUUGAUAAGUUGACGGGGAAGAGUAAGGGGUUUGCACUUUUUGUGUAUAAGAGUGAGGAUGGGGCUAAGGCGGCGUUGGUGGAACCGAUUAAGAAUAUUGAUGGUGUUCAGUUGAAUUGUAAGUUGGCGAUUGAGGGGAAGAAAGGGAAGGGAGGUGGUGGUGUGCAGGGGGAGGUACAUGGGAUUGGAGUUGGGGUUGGGUUGCAGCAGGGAGGUGUGGUACAGGGUUCGGGUGUCGUGGGGCAGUAUGGUGGGGCUGGUGGAGUGACUGGUUAUGGUGGUGUGGUGUAUCCAGGAGGAUUACAGGGGCCUUCGCCACAAGUCCAGCAUUCUCAGAAUCCAUCGUUUGCGGGUGUUGGCGGUCCUGGUUAUUCUUCACUGCCUAGUCAAGUACCGACUUCCAUCGGUUAUAAUGGCAGCUAUGGUUCUGUUGCUGGUGUUGGUGCACCCUAUGGUAGCUCACAGUACGGUGGCCCUGGUGCUACAGGGUACGGAGGAUUAGGUGGUUCAGCUACCCGAAUGGGUGCUGGAGUUGGUGGAUUAGGUGGUGCAGGAUUAGGUGCUGGGGGUUUAGGUGGUGCAGCUACAGGUUUAGGCCGUAGUGGAGCUGCUUCGGGUCUGGGUGGCUCUGCAUCUGCACUGGGUGGUUCUGCUGCUGGCUUGGGUGGGCCUGGUCGUAUGUCUUCGCUGUAUGGACUUCAGCCGAAUUCAGCAGGAAUAGCUGCAGGAACUUACUCUGAUAGUGCACAUUACAGUUUGUCUGGUGGCUCUGCAUAUCAGAACCAAAAUAACCCGACGGCAGGGGCAUCUCCAGCAGCUAGAGGGCCAUACAGUGGAAUGUACCCUCCUCGAUAUUAAGGUGUAUGACAGCUUCGUUGGACGCAGUUGCGCUUAUUGCUUCGGAUGAUUGCAUGAAUGCAGACAAUAUGUACUCUGGGUUGAUGAAUGUCCUUAUGUGUUUGGAUUCAUCUUCACUUCGUCUGCACAUUAUGACAUGAAUUCUUCAUUUAGUUGGUUGUUUAAAUGAUUAGGUAGACUGUUUUUGUACUUUCUAAUCACUGAACUUUAUGAAAAGUAAUUGUGUAUGAAAUAAGUAAGAACUCUGUUUCAGCGUAUUUGUUUACUGACGAGUGUUUAAGAUUAUCAGAUUGUAAUUGGAUCAUGUACUCUGUGAUGAUUGUUAUGGUUCUAACUAUUGAGUGUUGAACAUGAAAAUUUAUAGUAUACUUGGCCGGAGUUUGUGAUUGUA